AUGCAAAUCAUGUGGGCAACGAUCAUCUUAGUUUUGAUAAUAGUAUUAUCAAAAUCUAUAGAAACAAAGGGAAAUGAGAAAGUAAAUGAUCUUGCGCGUGCUUCAUCGUCGGUACUAGCACCUCAAUCACAGAUGGGAAUAUUGCCUAAGCCUAUCCCUUGUGCUUCCCAGCUAAGAACAAUUACAAAUUGUACAAACGCAUUGAAGCACUUUGAAAUCAAGAAGGUCACAAAAGUGUGUUGUAAAAUCCUACUCAGUCUUCCAGAAGAUUGUUUUGGUACUUUGCUCCCUGUGCGGUGGAUCUAUGACGCUGUACUUAAAACUACCUGCAAAGCACUAGGUUAUCCCAAAUAA